GAUUCCACUGCGAUCAGUCGAAGCUCAAGGCGUGUGCAUUGUGAUAGUCCGUGAACGGCGAUCAGGCUCACAUUUUGGUGUACUCCCUGGCGCGAUUCGAGUCCUACUAGUUGGCCUGCUGCUGGAAAGCGAGGCACUUUUAAAAGUUGAUAUUAAAUUCUAUUAUAACUCGCAUUAUCAGUCGUCUAGUGAGGCAGAGUUGAUUAUUUUAUCAUUAUCUAAACCGCACCGAAGUAAUCAGUGAAAAGUGACUGAUCCCGUACACCCUUGUGAUUAGUGAGGACGACAUAAUUUUAUUUAUAUUUUUCUAUCGCUUUAAUAAAAUAAUAAAGUUUUUCCGAAAGAAAUUCCCAUCCCGUCGGUGGUGGUUCAAAUUGAAUUAAUUUCUAAUUUUCAUUGAUAAGUGCAAUUAGUGGGUUUCACUAUGUCUGAAAAACAUUAUUACUCCACAGAGACAUCCUAUGAGGUUGGUGCCGCUGCUUUCAAAUUGCCAGUUGUGUCUGUGCCACAUCCAUGCUCUAACGUCGUCGGGAGUAGUAAUUCCUUGCGCGAAAGUGAUCAUGAUGAGUCUGUGAAUAGAGUAGUAGCAUUAAGGGAAAAUUGUGAGACGAAUCAUACGACGGAAAAAAAUAUUCUACUCCUCACAUCGGCUACUGCAGCAGCAGCGAGGGACAGCCAAACGGAGCAGGAUCAUCAAGAGAGGAUAGCAUCAAUGGUGCAAUCAGCUAUUAGGAAGCCACAAGUUGGCGAGACGGAUUCUUGUUUAUUUCCAAGUAGUCACAGUGCAAUCAAUAACCCAUCAGUGAUCAUAUCGCAAACCCCAAGAAUUCACAGUGUUGGCCAAGUGGCGUCACGUUUCACCAAUUUGGCAAAUGAAAAUGAGCACGACGACGCAAAUGGGGUGAUUUCGCGAUCAUCCCCAUUGCGGUACUCAACCCUUCACACAGUACAGCUUCAGUCUGAUCACCACCACGAAUAUCUCAAUCAUCAUGCCAAUAACAACAAUAACGAUAGCACUAUCAACAACAACAGCAGUGGCUAUCAGUGGGCGUAUAAUAUGUCACUUGAUCUGCGAUAUAAGACCGUUGAGGGAUCCGAAAGUGAUAAGACGUCGAUGAAGCAGACACGGGAUCGUCAUCAUCAAUCUGCUCAUCAGGAAGCGAACAUCGAGCAGACAGACAGGGCAAUUGUGAUAGCACAAGCGAACAACAGCAAUCAACAUUACAACGAUAUCGCGAAUGUUGGAGAUCACCACUCGCACGAUCAUAUCGCAGACGUUAGUCCAGAUUCGGCGGUGAUGCGAGGCGGUUUGCUUGCUGUCUCUUAUCCAAAUUACGUUCACCUCACGAAUCAUCAUCAAACCCAAUCAAAUACAAAUAGUGCCGACAACAAUCAGGAGCACCAUCAAGCCACCAAUGGGGCGCACAAUCAUCAACAGAGUGCAAAUACCACCACCAUUGAUGAAGUGAUUGCGGAUACGUUAAAAGAUGAAAAUUGCGCGAUUGACCAAAUAAAUCAUUCCGAUGAUACUCAUCAUUUUCUAACGCUCGGCACGGGAUCACCAGCGGAAAUUCAUCAAAUGAAGAGCAUUCCCGAGGGUGGUGGCUACGUGAAUCAUAGUUCAGUGACAUCGAGUGGUGCGGACUCACGAAGUCCUCCUGGUCUUCCGCAGGAAGACUUCGACGGUGGGCUUCAGAGCUUCACGCAGCUUACAAGUGUUGUGCAUAGAAAUAAUAACUUAUACGGCUCCCCAUCUGCAGCGGCAAAUAUUCAGAGUGGUGAACAUUCCGCAAUUGUCCAAGGAAGUGGUAGCGGUGACGGGAGUACGGGAGGUGCUGGCGGAGGAUUCGACCAUUUACAUUCUGGAGUGCAAACGAGCCCAUUGUAUCCGCGUUCAUCAAUUACACCACUCACCAGCACGGGAGCCAUGCAAUACUAUAGUAGCAGCCCGACACACGAAGGAUCUCAUAUUUGGUCAUCAAACACUAUUGGUUUAGCUGCACCCGAGGAUUAUACGGGCGGCUCAUCAAAAGGGAGUCUCCCUGCUUUUCAGCGCAUUACAUCCAACCCAUCCAGCUUCACAGCAACUCAUGCCCAACGACCUAGUCAGUACACAACGUCUCUGUCUACCUAUGGCAACCAGGGGGAUUCAUGGCCCAAUCACUACGAUUCUCCGACACUCAGCUAUGGAGUUACCGCCACGGGUGGGAGUAGAAAUCGUACCAAUCCUCCACAUAUGUCUGCGGCCGCAUCAUUAACUGCCAUGGGUCUCGAAGCUGAUUUAUUCACGGAAGGUCGUGAAUGUGUUAACUGUGGAGCAAUUUCGACACCUCUUUGGCGAAGGGAUGGGACUGGUCAUUAUCUGUGUAACGCUUGCGGUCUUUACCACAAGAUGAACGGCAUGAAUCGACCUUUGGUGAAGCAGCCAAGAAGAUUGAGCGCAUCCCGUCGAGUGGGUCUCUGCUGCACGAAUUGUCGAACAACUCAAACAUCUCUAUGGAGGAGGAAUGCUCACGGUGAGCCAGUGUGUAAUGCCUGUGGUUUAUACUACAAGCUGCACAAUGUUAAUCGUCCACCAACGAUGAAGAAAGAUUCUAUUCAGACUCGAAAAAGGAAACCAAAAGGAAGCAAAAAUACAUCAGAUUCCUCUGGAAAUUCAGCUAAACACUCCUCAAAUGCAAUGACUGAUGCAGCAAAAGAAUUGCGAGCGUUAAGUGCUAUUCAUCACACAACGCAACUAAACAGUGGAAAUUCCCAUCAAAGUGGAAAUAACCCAUUGACCACAUCGACAUCGCCACAUUCUCAGCAACAAAAUCUCUCGCCGAAUAACCAUCAAAAUCUGUCGCCACUCCCCUAUUCACCCCAGGGUGCGUCUCCGGGCAUUGUAACUGCUGGCAGUAUGUCUAUGGGUUCAAGUGCUGCUAAUAAAUUUUUGCAUCAGAAGUCAAUUUAUGGGCAAAUUGCUACGAGUGGUGCAAAUUCAGGUAAUUUGUAUCCAACACCUGUAGCCUACAGUACGGAUGCAUCCAACAUCUACUUUGAUAUAAUCAGCAACUCAAUGACGGCGAAUCAUGCGAAAAUUGAUGCAAAUCAGCACAUCUCACGAAGCCCAUCUGUGGAGGAUGAGCACGAUUGUCAACGAGACAUGAUAGCGUCGCAUAAAAAUUAUUCUGUAAAGAUUGAAUCGGAAUGAGGCAUUUUAGUGCUUCACACAUAUGCUAUUUGCUCAUAUGUUUUCUUAUGGAUUUGAUAAGAUUUGUAAAUAUCUAUUUAGCAAAUAUUUCUAUAUAGUUUUCUUUUCUUUUUCUAAUGCAUAUUUCAUUUAAUUAUAAUAUGUGUUUUAUUUUAUUUUCUUAUCUGGACAUGAAUUUUUUUUUGACUUUUUUUCUCUAAAUGAGAUACAUUUUAUGUUUUGUUAAAUAGCAAAAAAAACAAAAGAAGUGCAUUUUCUGUAAAUAAAUAGAUAUUAUUGUAAAUGCUUAAUUAUAUAGGAAAAAAUCCAUACUUUCAAUGAACAGAAUCAUUCCAUUUUAGUAAGACGCGUAGUAAGGUACAUAAUAAUUUUGUUAAACAAGAUAAAAAUUACUGCUUUGAUAUCUUAUUUUGGAAUUUGUAACAUUAAGAAAUUAUUGAAUCUGAGAGACAAUAAAUUGAUUUCUAAAUCGAAUACUUGACUGCUGAGAAAUAUUUUGAUAUAAAAACGUUGAUAUUUUAAAGUUAAUUCUAAUAUUAAUUAAUAUGGAAUUUUCUACUCUCUUAAAUAAUUUUAUUUUAUUUCUUAGUAAUUUAAGUUGAAUUAGAGACAAUUACAUACAUGGCUAUGUAUACCAAAAAAGACGAUUUUAGCAUUUCAUUUAUUUUCUUAUUUUUCACACGAUUUAUGUGUUAUGCGAUUUAUUUGUGCAUUUAUCUUAAAAAAAAAAAGAAACAUUUAGAUGAACUCUUUAGUUUAGAGAAAAUAAAAUCUUUUUGAAUAAACGAU